AUGAUGUCACUCGACGCCCAUGAGCGCCCGCCGGAGCACAUCCGCCAUGUUUACAAAAAGUACCAAAAGCUGCGCGGCAACGCUCUCAACGACGACCCCCAGCUGCUCGAUCCGAGAGAUAGCAACGCCGUCGAUCGGCUGCACGUCGUGCGCUUCAUAGACCCCACAGAUCUGCGCUCAGCGUUCCAAGAUUUUGCCGCCGCUGAAAGCAGCGACUCCCUCGCACUCCCUGAUACUCCCGUGCCUGUUUACGAGCAUCGCCACAUGCCAGGUCUGCAUAUCAUACCCUCCCUGUUACCUGACUCCACUCAAAGGUUGCUCCUUUCCCGUCUUAUCCACAGAGACCUCUCAAAUCCAGCUCACCAGACAAACGUGCACUUGCACUACCAUGUUCCUUAUCCGCCAGAGUCUUCGUCGUUCUUUGGGUAUUCCCCUUCAUCAGAGCCGCAUUUUCAGCCAAAGGACCCUCAAGUCCAUAAGCCUCUUUCGAUCACCCAGUUCCUAAACAGGAAACUUCGAUGGGUAACUCUAGGGGGGCAGUACGACUGGACGCGGAAAGAGUACCCUUCAACAAUGCCGCCCCCAUUCCCUUCAGAUGUCGGUGGUCUAUUGAAAGGUGUCUUUCCCGACAUGACGGCGCAGGCUGCUAUUGUCAACUUCUAUUCUCCAGGGGACACCCUUAGCAUGCAUCGUGACGUUAGCGAGGAAUGCGAUCGCGGACUUAUCAUUCCGGAAACCUGCCCUGAAUGGCUCCAGGACUGGCCAGCUUCUUCGCAGAAUCUAGAUGCUGACGAAGCUUAUCAGCAAUGGAAAGGCUGGAUGCGUACGAAGAGGGUGAAUCUAAAUGUUCGGCAGAUGUGGGAGUAA